CGCGCAUCCCGCCCUGGGCACCGGCCUCACGUGAGCGCCGCGCUUUUAUUGGAUUAAUGUCGGUUAAUCCGCGCGCCGUAUGGAGCCGCUGUGUUCUGAAGGGUCUGAAUGUUUUGAAAGCAGACACUCUGGUCUGCCAGUGUCCAGAAGAUCAUGAUGGAGGCGCACACAACAGCCAGCAGGAUGACUGUAGGCGCAGAGGGCGGGGCUGAUGUCACAAAGGAGGUGGGGCCAGCACAGCCACGCCCUUUAUCGCACGACCGGGUCACGCUAGUAGUUGAUGGGACUCAUUUCGUGGUGGAUCCCGCCGUUUUCACGACUUACCCGGAUACGGUGCUUGGGAGAAUGUUUGGUCGAGCGCGUCAGCACAGUUUUACGCGACCGAAUGCUAAAGGUGAAUAUGAAAUCGCAGAGGGCAUCGGCGCCAACAUCUUCAGAGUCAUACUGGAUUAUUACCGCUUUGGCAUGCUGCACUGUCCAGAAGGCGUGUCUUUGGCGGAGCUGCGCGAAGCGUGCGAUUAUCUGUGUAUAAACUUCGACUACAGCACCGUCAGAUGCCGAGACCUCAGUGCUCUGCUGCACGAGCUGUCCAAUGACGGCGCCCGGCGGCAGUUCGAGGUGUUUCUGGAGGAGCUGUUGGUUCCGGCGAUGGUUUCGAGCGCUCAGGAGGGAGAACGAGAGUGUCACAUUGUGGUCCUCACGGACGACGAUACUGUCGACUGGGAUCACGACCACCCUCCGCCGAUGGGAGAGGAAAACUCGCAAAUCAUCUACAGCACCAAGCUCUACCGUUUCUUCAAGUUCAUCGAGAACAGAGACGUGGCGAAAGCUCUGCUGAAGGAGCGAGGCCUGAAAAAUAUCCGCAUCGGGAUCGAGGGAUACCCCACCUGUAAGGAGAAGGUGAAGCGGCGUCCAGGCGGCAAGUCAGAGGUCAUUUACAGCUACGUCCAGCGUCCGUUCAUCCAGCUGUCCUGGGAAAAGGAGGAAGGGAAGAGCAGACACGUGGACUUCCAGUGCGUCCGCAGCAGGAGCGUCCCAAACCUCAUCACCGCCAUGGGGGAGGGGCCUACACGACCCGGGGCCACGCACCCGCAGGUCGACGAGCUAGAUCGGCUGAACGGCCCCGCCCCUCCCGGCCUCGACCAAUGACUGAGGAGUUAACUGGACAAUUAUUCAUUCAUUUAUAUUCACUAUGUCAUAAUUAUUCACUUUCAUAUUGACUCGAGUCACAGAUUACUCCAGUUCGGUCUCAUGGAUAGAUGACCUUCAAACUUAAAAGUACCUGAGAUCUUUUCACCGUUGUGUCCUUGAGCGAGACCCUGCCAUUACCGCACUGCUCGUAGCUUUGGAUAAAACAAUAUUUGCUUAAUAAUCAAGAACCAAAUCACUCUUUUAAGGGCAUUAGAUUAUUAAACCAUGCAUUUCUGUGAGUGACAGGAGGAUUUUCUGUCUGUCAGCGCCAUCUAGUGUCAAGAAGAUGAUGGUACAGUAUAUAGAGGGACAGUAGAGUAAUAAAUAUCAGGUAAACAAUUUAUAAAGCAAACUUUUCAAGUGUUUUCUUGGUUUUAUAUCAUUUGUAAGAGGUUUUAAAUAAAAGCAUCUGCUAAAUUAAUACAUGUACACUACCUAUCAGUCAGAAGUUUGGAAUAAUUGAGAUUUUUUUAUAUAUUUUUAAUGUUUUGUUCUUCUGCUCACCAAAGCUACAUUUAUUUGAUCAGUAAAAUAUGAAAUAUUUUUAACAAUGUAAAUCAGCUGUUUU